UAAGAAAUGCUUGUGGACACCUGCCUUUAGACUGUGGCUUAAAUGUUGAUCUCCUUCGAUUUUAGCAUGGAUUUGAGUCUCUUUGCUAUCUGUGGCCAAUGGAAUCGAUCUUACGUUUUCGAUUAGCCUGAACAAAUUCGCAUCAACGAAAACAUGUUGUGAUGUUAGUAAAUAAUUUGUGGUAGGUGGUGAAAAAAAAUAGUAAUAGCAAAAUAUGGAAGACAAUAAAAAAUGCGCCGACAUUCAGGAUUGCGAAUUCUCUGAGCAAAAAUUCUCAGAAGUGGAGAAUAACCAAGUAAAACGUGAAGCCAAUGAAAUAGAUAACCAUGACAUUAAGAGAUUCAAAAUCGAGCAAGACAUAAAAAUAGGAGAUUUAAAAGCCUAUGCUCAAUCUACAGCGUGUGGUAAUGAUUUUUCAGUGGAUGAGAAAAAAAUUAUUUGGUCGGACGCCGUAUCCAAAAAGAAAAUGCGGAAACUUCUCAAGAUACAGAAGUGGGAGGAAGUAAAAAAGGAGAGGAGGGCACAAGAGAAAGAACGUGCGAAAAGGAGAAGAAUGCUGGCAAGAUUAAAUAAUAUAAGUCUAGGACCAUCACGGAGCUUUCUGAAGAAAUGUACAAUGGCAAAUAGUAAAUGCAAAGUCCGUGUUGUCAUAGACCUGUCAUUUGAUGAUCUGAUGUCCGAUUCGAUCAUUGACACUAUCCACCACGAGGGGAAUGGGCUGGCCGUGGGUGCUUAUAGACCCAGUCCCAUCGCCAGCCUUUGUGCUGAGGCUGUGGGGAACCACCACUCACGAUCUGGCAACAGCUGCUCAUGUUGCGUCAGCCAUGAUAUGAGCAAAUGUGUUAAACAAAUGCUGCAUUGCUACAGUUUAAACAGGAGAGCAGAAAAUCCUAUGCAACUGUACUUCACAAAUUUUAAUGGAAAAGUGGCGCAGGAAAUGGAAAAACACGAUGGCUAUAGAAACUGGGAUAUCUAUUUUCACAGUGACAGUUACACUGAAAUCUUUAAUAAGAGUGAACUAGUAUACCUUACAAGUGAAUCUGAUAACAUAAUUACUGAAUUGGAGGAUGAUAAAGUGUACAUAAUUGGUGGAUUGGUGGACCACAAUGCUCACAAGGGCGUGUGUUACAGAGUGGCUGUGGACCAAAAUAUUAGCCAUGGACAACUUCCUAUUGAAGAGUUCUUGGAAAUGAAGACAAGGAAAGUACUGACAGUCGAUCACGUUUUUGAGAUUCUGCUAGGUGUUAGUAGUGGCAUGAGUUGGAAAGAAGCAUUUUUGAAAGUAUUACCUCCAAGAAAAGGUGCUAAAGAGAAAGAUAUUAAUGAGAUUAACGAUAUUCUCACAGAACCUGACAAAAAUGUUAAAACUGAAGAAGAAAAACAAACUGAUGUGAAAAUACCUAUGGCCACAGAACCUGACAAAAAUAUUAAAACUGAAGGAGAAAACGAAACUGAUGUGAAAAUACCACAUAAAACUGAAACUAUGGUCACAGAAGCUGACAAGAAUGUUAAAACUGAAGGAGAAAACCACACUGAUGUGAAAAUACCUCUUAAAAUUGAAACUCAUGGAGAAGACCAAGAAGAUGUGAGAAAAACUGACACAAAUUUUGAAAUAGAUGGAGAAAAACAAACAGAUGUGAAAAGACCUUGUGAAAAUGUUGAAAUGUAUGGAGAAGAUAAACAGAUGGGGGAAAAAACUGACAAAAAUCUUGAAACAGAUGGAGAAAAGCAAGCAAAAGCAAAGUCUGACAGUGUUACUGUAGAAUAAAAUGUAUGAUCAGAUAAAAAUCGGUGCAUCCAUUUCCUUUAUUGGAGAAGUAACUAAAAUGUGAACUGCAGAAGAAUUUAUGUACUACUUUGUUUACAUUAUGUUAUUAGAAAUUUUCACCUAAUUUGAGCAUAUUGGCUGUGGAAUUUUGAAACAAUCAUAAUCUCUUAUGAUUUAGUGUUGCAAACAAAAGUGUUGGAUCAUAAUGGAUGAACUACUACAAUGUAUCAGAAUGUAAUGGAUGAACCACUUGUUCACAGUGAGCAAAGAAACUAAGAAAAAUAAGAAAUGUGAUGCUUUAUAAGUGUGUGGAAAAAUCUAGACUGCAAUAUGACUGUUGUAAUAGAGAUGGAUCAAUGCUAACCAAUUAGGACAGACACAGUCCUUCCUCAAAGCUAAAACCACACACACACACACACACACACACACACACACACACACACACAAAUAUAUAUAUAUAUAUCUGUGGUGGGGAUCUGAAAAGUGACAUUUUCCAAAUGUUUAGCAUUCUAAAGUAAUUUCUGCUUAGUCAGUUCUACUCUACUAUGUAAUGGGUAUUGAUCUAUUCUCAUACAUGUACCCAUCUACUAUGUAAUGAGUAUUGAUCUAUUCUCAUACAAGUACCCAUAUGUUGCACAUUGACCUCUUUUGUUUGCUAAGCAGUGAUCUAUUCUCAUAAACAGAAUGAGAAGGUGUUAUUUUUUGAGGGCUUCAGAAGGAUUGGAUGUGUAAUAUUACCCAUUCAUCUUGCUUUGUUCUGGGUUAUACAAUUUUUUUUCUGUUACCGGUACUGUUGGAGUCCUUGCUACUCUGUACCAUUUUCUAGGUUACAAUCAUGUACUGCAAUGACUGUGACACUUAACGGACAAGCAGUUUUAAAAUAUCCAGCUGCAAUCAAUAAUGUCAGCCUGUAACUAUGUCUCAGUUUUAUUAUAUAUGACUGUGGAUGGUAUGAUAUAUUACAUCUGCACAUUGUGUACAUACAUGAAAUAUUAAAAGCAUUGUAUUGUGGCAGAAAUUUUUUAUGAGGUGAAAGAUUACAAAGCUUAUGUAUUGUGACAGAAUUUUUUUAUGAGGUGAAAGAUUACAAAGCUUGUGUAUCCAAAUUUUUAGUUGCAACUAAGCAUAUUUAGCAAGUAAUAAAUGAAAGUAUAAUGACUGGUUUACUGA